AUCUCGAAUAACUAAAUUAGUUUUCAAUGAGAUACAUGAUCAGUCGUGUAUAAUGAUCGUCAAGUGUUUUACGUUCAUUGCGUUUGAAAAUGCGUAUAUUGUGUUAUGUCAAUCAUAGUGCUUGUAUGUACGUAUAUACAAAGGAAGGGGUUGGAAGUGAGGUGGUCAUACAGAUUUCCGGUUUUGCACAAUAAUUUCUGUCCGCUUUUUGUUACGUAGAGUAAAGUGGUCAAGAUUUGGUAUAGAUCGCAAAUACGUCGAAACGACUUGAUAAAAUAAAAGACCGUCCACCGUAUGCAUCUUCGAAGGCGAUUUGCUCUCGGGUCGUUUAUAGUUUUUUUAUCGGAAAAGAUGCAAUCCUAAUAUUUUUUCUUGCGAGUGGUUAUAACCUUGUUCUUUAAGAAUUUUACUGAACAACUUUACCGUCUGUUUGCUGCCAAUUUUUUUAGAUUCAUUAUCUAUUUUUGGACAUCUCUAAGGGACUACUCAUGAUAUGAUCAACUGUAUAAAUCAUUUAAUAAAACGUUUAUCUAAACCAUUUAAGAAGCACUGUCUUCUUUUUAUAAUCAAACUGUCAUAGUGGUUGAAGAAAUUAAAAUAAAUAUAUACAGAACAUAUCUUAAUUAUAUUAUUAAGCAUGUCUGCAAGUAAUGAAAGUGUGAAUACUAAUACAUGUGUUGUAUGUUAUAAAAAUGUGGAAAUUUAUAGUAUAGGGAUGUGUGAGCAUCCCGUAUGUUAUGAAUGUAGUACACGGAUGAGAGUGCUUUGUCGUCAAAAUGAGUGUCCCAUUUGUCGUCAAGAUUUACCAAAAGUUGUUUUUACUAGGGAGAUAAAACCAUUUCGUUUUCUUCGAAAAGGUGGCUUAUUGGACACACGAUAUGAUAUUUACUUUGACACUGUUGAUAUACAAGAGAAAUUUUAUGAGUUAUUAGCUGACGUUUGUACAAUUUGCGAAGAAAAAAAAGUCUUUAGUAACUUUCAAAGUUUAAAAGAUCAUAUGAGACAUCACCAUGAACUUCAUUAUUGCGAUCUUUGUGUGGAGAACUUAAAGAUUUUUUCAUGUGAACGACGUUGUUAUACGCGAUCAGAGCUAGCUCAACAUCGAAGGAAAGGUGAUGUAGAUGACAGGAGUCACAAAGGUCAUCCACUUUGUGAAUUUUGUGAUCAAAGAUACAUGGAUAAUGAUGAAUUGUAUCGUCACCUAAGACGAGAUCAUUUGUAUUGUCAUUUCUGUGAUGCAGAUGGCUUACAUCAGUAUUACAGCUCAUAUGAAUACCUUCGAGAUCAUUUUAGGCAAGAACAUUUCCUAUGCGAAGAAGGAAUGUGUGUAGAUGAAAAAUUUACAAGUGUUUUUAGAACUGAUAUAGAUCUAAAAGCACAUAAAACGAGCGUUCAUGGAAAACAAUUAAGUAAAGCUGCAGCUAAACAAGCUAGGACUUUGGAAUUAGAGUUUACCUUGGCACCUCGAGGUGAGAAUAGAAUUCGAAGAGGUAUGCCAGGACCAUCGACUUCCAAAAGUACAAGAGAUUAUGGGUUUAGAGAUCAUAAUACUAGGGAAUAUCAACAACCAAUGGCAUUAACUAAUUCAAGCAAUUCUCAAACCAAUAUCGAAGCUACAAAUACUUUUAUUAGACAGCCAUCUGUUGAUGUUCAAAGUAGAGAAGAAUUUCCAACUUUAGGUAAUUGUUCUUUCAUACCUAACUUGAAUCAACCUAAAGGUAGAGGUAAUGUAACUAUUCGUAGUACUGUAAGACCUCAAUCAUUGGCUGUCACCGAUGAAAAUUUUCCCGCAUUGGGUCCUGAAUCCACUAAUUCUAAUGUUUCUAAAACCGUUAAUGUUAGUGUUUCUAGUGGUAAUUUAACUGGACCAAGUGUAUCACAAAGUCGAAAAGGUUCAACACCCAAUGUUUCCAUCCAAGUGAAUCGUGAAGUUAAUGGUACAGUUACUACUAGGGUAUCUGGGCCUAAUGUUAGAGUUCGACCAGCACAAUUAUCUGUAGAUUCUGAAUUUCCAGUUUUGGGCUGUAAUAAACCCUCUUCUACUACUAGUACUCCCAAUUCAGCCCAAUGGAAAGAGGUCUUACAGUGGACUUGCACAAAGUCCUCAUCUGCGGUUACUCCAAAAUCAAAGAAAACAGUUCGAUCAUUAGCACCAUCGCCACCACCUAUACAAUCUGGAGAGGAUUUUCCAAGUUUAUCGAAAUCGUCUAAGCAAAAUAAACAAUCUGCAGUAAUGGUUGUCCCAUCAUGGGUUCAGCCUCAAUCUUCUGGUAUUUCUAAUAAUAAUACCAAAACUACUGCAGAAUCGGUAAAAGGAAAAACAAAAAAGAAAAAAGCAAAACACAAUUCUAAUGUUGUAAAUGAGACUAAUAAUAUAAAACCAAAUAAGACUAGCACCGGCGACAUUAAGAAUAAUUGUGAAUCUUCUAGAAAUGUUGCUGGUUCUAGUCAGAUUUUAGAACCAACGAAUAAUUCAUUAGAAAAUUCUACUAAACAUAAUAACGAUGACAAACAGAAUGGGCAGUCAUCCAAUGAUACAUGCAAUGAUGUAAAAAAUUCCCACAAUAUUAAAAAUUCUAAGGAAGUUGACCAUACAAAUAAAAAGGAUAAAAAGAAAUGUAAAAGCUUAGAGGAAGGAUCUUGUGCAGUAAUUGUAAAAACAAGUUCUGGAAGUAGUAAUACAACUAACAACAUAUUAAGAAAACGUACUGAACUUAAAAUAGACAGUCUUAACUCUACCAAUAAUAAUUUGCAUCAAAUAGAGGAUUUUCCAGCUUUGGGUAGCAGUGGCUCUAGGCCACCAGGUUUUAUUGAUCCACCACCUGGCUUUGAAUCUACUACAUCUCCACCUCCAGGAUUUUGUAUCAAAGUUGAAAACAUGGAACAAUUGCAUAGUAAUAAUGGACUGACAUUUACAAACAGUUCUGGUGAAAGUUAUGCUAUUUUACCAAGUGAUUAUAAGCACAAUACCAUAUAUACUUAUAUACUUCCACCUGAUUUUCAAAAGCGAAAUAAAUCUCUCGUAGCUAAAAUGAACGAAGUAUUAAUGAAACAAGAUCGGAUUGAAAAAUUCCGCUAUAUAAGUGGAUUGUUUCGACAAGGUGUUUGCAGUGCUGAAGAAUAUUAUGCACACUGUUGUACUGUUAUGGGUAAAACGGCAGUCGAAGAUGUGUUUCCUGAGCUUUUAGUUCUUUUACCUGAUAUCUCAAAACAACAAGAACUAUUUAAAGUUUAUCAAAAAGAAUUGGAUAAUAAAGUUAAAGGUUUAGAGAUUUGUGCAACAUGUAAUCAAAUUUUAAAAAAUUCUGAUUUUCAAACACAUAUGGUUAAUCAUACAUUAGAAAAUCAUUUUCCAGUACUUGGCAAAAGUAAUACAGGUCCUAACAAAAAUAUGUGGGUACGCAAAUGAAAUCUAUUAUUAUAGACAUUUAUUUCAAUAUAGGUGAUUUAGUAAAAUCAUGUAAAUGUAUGCAUUAUUCCAAUAUCUUUCCUUUGGAAUUAUAUUGAUGAUACAAAGUACUUUUUAUUAUGUUGCACUUUCCAGUAAAAUGAGUGAUAUUUAUUCCAGUCAAGUUGCAGCAAUAGAGAAUUUUCUAUAUACGAUAAAGAUUGACUAUUUGCUAAGCCUAAAUGGUUAAUUGAUAAGUUAUAUAGCUGCCACUUGGUUAAAUGCAAAUAUGUUAUAUAUAAAGGCAUCAGAUAGGUAGAUAGAUAGAGAAAGAGGGUGGGAGAGAGAGAGAGAGAGAGAGAGAGGGAGCGGGGUGGAGGAGAAAAGAGGAAAGUUGAUUAAUUUUUAUUGGUAUAAUAUAAAAAUAAAAUUAUUUUUUUUAAUAACAAAUUUUCCUUGAAAUGUAAACUUUAAGGUAUAUGAUAAAGUAUAAUUAAGGAUAGUGCAUUAUAUAAAGUUUAAUUGCAAGAAUUGCAGUAAAAGCAGUCUGUUCCAUUAUAUAUUAUUAAAACACAGUGUAAAUAAUAUUUACUAGCUUUUUCUUUUGUAAAUUAUUUACUUUAUGGAAUAGACACAGAAUAGAGCUUUACAAAGUAUAAUAUGCCACAUACUAAACAAAGUGUGAUGUAUUAUAUUAUACACAGUAUUUGUAUGUCCGAUGUACUGUUUUGUACAAUAAUAAAGUUAUACAUUCAGUUAGUUUACAAAAUCUCAGUUUUGAGGCAUUUCUCUUUUAAUAAUUAAUGCAUGUAAUAGGGAAAGUUGUCAUAUCCAUUAAAUAUAAAAGCAAAAUAAAUUUGUGAGCUAUGGUUUACAAUA